CUCUCUCUCUUUCUUGACUCUGCAGCUUCUCCGUGACAAUGAUGUGAUGCCAGCUUUGCUUUGUUAUGUAAAACCAAGUCAAAAGCCUGGAUUUCAUGACUGGUCUGCUGCUCAAUAUGAAGAGUUACAGCUCCACGCAAUGGCUAUUUUAGCUUCAGUGGCUCCCUUGUUAGUAGAUAAAUAUUUGUCCUGCCAAGCAAAUACUCUUCUUCUUGUUUUUCUAGAAUGGUGUAUAAGCCAAGAUCCUUUCUUUGGUCAAGGUAACAGUUUCCAUGGAACAGGCGGUCGUGGCAACAAACUUGCACAAAUGCGCUACAGCCUGCGAGUGCUGAGAUCUGUUGUGUCCAUUUAUGAUGAAGCUGUGAACCUUAAUUUGUUUGACCAGGGAGCAAUUAACCAGCUACUGGACAUAUUAAGGUAUGCAGCAAAAAAAUCUAAAGAGAAAGAAGUUGCCAUUCUACUGGAAAUCCAGGCUGACAUAUUAUUCCUUUUAUCUGCUCUCUGUGAAAAUGACGUCCACAGAAAGGAACUCUUCAGCUAUGAAGGAGUUGAUAUACUUAUCCCAUUCAUUCAGAUGGACCCAAAGAAGUUACAUAGUGGAUUAGGCCAUAACUGUCUCCUCUUCAGUGCACUCGACUGCUUGUGGUCCUGUGUCAUUGGAUGUUACAUUGCAGAGGAUUAUUUUCUUGAAAAACAGGGCAUUUUUCUCCUCCUGGAUUUGUUGGCAUUAAAGCAGAAGAACCUGUGCAAUGUAGUUCUUGGAAUCUUGACUGAAUUUUGUGACAACCCUAAAACCACUUUGCACAUCAAUACCUGGCGAGGGGAGAACGGCCAAACAGCAGCCCACCUUCUUAUACAGCUAUGGAGACAGGAGGAGAUGGAGCUGGGAGUCAGCCGCAGUCGAUGUGGGAAGAUUGUGGACAUGAAGACACCUAUUGCUAGCGCCUUCCAGAAACAGCAAGAGGUCAUUCCCAUGCCUGCCAACUGUCCCAGCUUUGCCAUCAUGGAAGUUUCUGAAAACAUACGGGCAAAAAUUUAUUCAUUAUUGUGCAAGCUAG